CUUGAGAGCCACAACUGAUAACUCCGACCUGGAGACGAAGCAUAUAACCAACCAAGAACAGCAACAGCGCACUACAAACACCAUCUCUUCCAGUAAAAAGAACCGAAAAUGUCCGCCUCAACCUGCUGCCUCAAAACCUUCACCUGGAACGGCACGCCCACUGGCCGAAUCAGCACCCUCGCCUCAAACAACACCUACAUCGCCAGCCCCGCCGGCGACAACGACGACCUCGCAAUCCUCAUCAUCCACGACCUCCUUGGCUGGUCCUUCCCCAACGUCCGCCUCCUCGCAGACCACUACGCCCGCGAGGCAAACGCAACCGUCUACGUGCCCGAUUUCUUCGGCGGCGAGACUCUCCCCUUUGAACCACUACUUGCGGGGCGAUUCAACGAGGUCGAUCUCCCGGGCUUCCGGGCGCGAAAUGCUCGCGAGAUUCGGGAGCCCGAGAUUUUCGCGUGCGCCGAGGAGCUGCGCACCAAGCAUAAAGUCAUAGUCGCCGUCGGCUUUUGCUACGGCGGCUGGGCUGUCUUCCGGCUCGGCGCUGCUCGCGACUCCGAGGAUGACCAACGUCGGCGACCACUCGUCGACGCAAUUGCCGCCGCGCACCCGAGCCUCCUCACGAAAGAAGAUAUCGACAACGUGGCCGUCCCCGUACAGAUCCUUGCGCCGGAGCACGACCCGAUCUUCAACGACGAGUUGAAAAGCUACACUUUCGCUAGCUUGCAGCGCCGGGGCGUGCCGUUUGAUUGGCAGCAUUUUCCGGGGGUGGAGCAUGCUUGUAUGACGAGAGGGGAUGAGAACAAGCCAGGAGAGAGGGCGGCGAUGGAGAGGGGGAAGAAUGCGGCUGUUGCGUGGGCGAGGCAAAUUGUUGCGCAGACAAAGGUGUGAGUAGAUAUAUUAUCUCGACGGAUAUAUCAAGCGGUAUUAGGGUUAAUCCUUUCUCACACGCUGGGAUACUUUCGCCGCUCAGGAUGUACAUAGGUAGAUAUAGUGUGGCAGCUCCGUGGGCGGGCAGUACUAGUAGGUUCUGAUAACUGUUUUUGACUAUGCCGACCCCAUGAUUCGUUUGAGAUUCUGCCCAGAGCUGCACUGGUGGGGUGCGGGGUUUAUUUCGGCGUAGCUUGGCAGGCUGUCAUAGUUGCCGUCUCCAGAAAUGGGAGGAUAUUUUCCCAACCCGUGACUGGUCGAGCCAACACACCGGAAUUUCCUUCAAUGAGGCCACGAGGUCUUGACUAAGAUUUGUGGGUGGCAGGACUCGUUGCAUCAUCGAUUGAUUCAUGACCCACGCCACGCAUGCCACGUGACUAUCGAGGUAUAUAUAUUGUCCCCCCGUUGUGGAAAUGAGAAAGAACAGUGCAUUACCGA